AUGCCCGACCACGACAAGGCCUAUAACAUCCUCCACGUCCGCCCCGUCGACUACUCCCUCACCUCCGGCACUGACAUCCCACCUCCCCCCGACUCGCCAGCAGAAGACAUCACUACUGCACAUAACCUGCGCAUUUCCCGAUCGCCCACGCCAGGAGGAGGCCCUCUCUCUUCACACCCGACAAACUCCAUGCCAGACGCCUUUCCACCCACCCCCGAGCCAGAGAAAGACACCGCCUCCCGUCCAGCAGACACCACCAUGUCGUCCGAGAGCAACAGAGACGCCGCCGACAGCUUCCAAACACCCACCUCGCCCUCCUCCGCGCAAAACACCCACGAUGGCCUGCACGACUCUCCCCACGCCCGCCGUCCCUCCGGUGUGCGUCGCCUCUUCUCCCUUUCCAGCCUGCGCCAGUCCUUCAGCAGCUCACGUACAUCCCUGAGCGUCAACCGUCCAGGCUCCUCCUACGCCGUCUCCUCCUACGGCACAUACACCAACAACGACUCCACCCCACGCAGCGCCGUCGCCCCAAGCAUGAUCUCCACCACCGCAUCCACCGCCCAAGCACCCUCAUUGCACUCCUCCAAACCCUCCGCGACCCUCCGCAAGAAACGCUCCAGCAACUGGUUCAAGCGCAAGAGCGGCUUCUUCACCAUGAACGAGGAUGGCGUGCUCGACGUCGUGUCCGAAGACGACGGAGGACGCUCGGGCGCGAAGAGGUUCAAGGAGUCGAGUCAUCGUCUGCCUAUGUUGCCGGAGAUCAGCACGCUUGGAGGCGGCGAGUUGAAUGAGGGCAGUCUCGGUUGGGAUGAGAGGGCGUUUAGGAGCUGA